AUGUCUGCCGCUCCCACCAACAACGCCGGCCCCCUCGCCCUCGAGCCCAGCGAGCAGAUCAUCGCCCGCAAGUUUGACAACUGCGCCGCUGACCUCAUUGUCAACGCCGGUAUCGGCUUUGGUGUCGGUGUCGUUGCGUCGGUCCUCCUCUUCCGCAGGCGUGGAUGGCCUGUCGCCCUUGCCACUGGCUUCGGCGCCGGUGUCUCGUACUCGAACUGCAACUACUCUCUCAACCCUUACGUGCUCCCCGGCACCAAGGUGUUCAAGCCCUCCGCUUAA